AGUGUUGGCCCGGUCUCCCAAUUUGAUGCGCUGAUGAAGCCGCUUGCGGCGGCGGCGCGCAUCCGCCAUCUACCAUCCCCUCAAUGCCCCACCCGUCCACCCCCACCGUCCGCCAGCGCCCUCGCUCCUGCCUGCUCGACGCCCUCCACCGCCACCUCUCUGCUGGCCACCUUGACCUCGCCGUCUCCAUUCUCCCUCUCCUCGCCCGCCGCGGCCUCCGCCCUCCCAUCCACUCCCUCUCCCUCCUUCUCCGCCGAUGCCUCCUCUCCCGUUCCCUCCCCCUAGCCCGCCGCAUCCUUUUCCAUCUCAACCUCACCUCCCUUAAGCCUCUUUACCCCUCCCUCACCUUCCUCUCCAACCAUCUCAUCUCCCUCUUCUUUGCCCUCCGUCUCCCCGACCGCGCACGCGACUUGUUCGACACAAUGCCUCAACCCAACAUCUUUUCCUACAACGCCAUGCUCGCUGGCUACGCCCGCAUGGCCAUGCCUCGCGCCGCUCGCCGCCUCUUUGACCGCAUGGCUGUACGUGAUGUUGUGUCCUGGAACACCCUCAUCAUCGCCCUUGCCCGCCAUGGCUCACCCCGUGACGCCGUUUGGUUCUACUCCCGGCUUCGCCGCUCUCCGCUUGGUUUCAACGCCCACACUUUUUCUGGUCUUCUUACUGCCUGCGUGCGGCUUGAGGAGCUGUGCGUUGUCCGGCAGGUGCAUGGGCAGGUUUUGCUUGUUGGAUUUUUGUCGAAUCUCAUAGUUUCAAGUGCUAUUGUUGAUGCCUAUUCGAAAUGUGGGUAUGUGAGCGAUGCAAAGAGGCUGUUUGAUGAAAUGAAGGUCAAGGAUGUGCUCGCCUGGACCACACUUGUCUAUGGUUAUGCCAAGUCUGGUGAUCUUAUCACUGCUCACAAACUGUUCGAUGAAAUGCCGCAGAGGAAUUCUGUUUCUUGGACUGCUUUGAUUGGAGGGUAUGUACAGAAUGGUUAUUCAUAUAAAGCAUUGGACUUAUUUAGACUGAUGGUGGGCGAGUGUGUUUCACCGGAUCAGUUCACUUUUAGUAGUAGUCUAUGUGCUUGUGCUUCUGUUGCUUCACUUAAGCAUGGGAAGCAAAUCCACGCUCGAAUAAUUAGGACAGGUUUUCAUCCUAAUGCUAUUGUUCUUAGUUCUCUCAUUGACAUGUACUCCAAAUGUGGGGAUUUGGUUGGAGGGCUAUGGGUUUUUGAGCGUACAGAUUUUAGUAAUAGAGAUGUGGUUAUAUGGAAUACCAUGAUGUCUGCUGUUGGCCAGCAUGGGCACAGGAGAGGCACCAUUCAAUUGUUUGGACUGAUGAUUAAGGUUGGGACAAAGCCAGAUAGUAAUACUUUUGUUGUUCUUCUAAGUGCUUGCAGUCAUUCUGGUCUUGUCGAAGAGGGUUUGGAGUGCUUCAGGUCCAUGGCCAAACAUGGUGUUUUUCCUGAAGAAGAGCACUAUCUGUGUUUGGUGGAUCUCUUGGGCCGAGCUGGGCAUUUUGAAGAGGCAAUGGAUUGGAUCAGGAAGAUUCCACAUGGACCCAGUAUCCGGGCAUAUAAUGCAUUGCUUGGAGCAUGUAGAAUUCAUGGGAAUGUAGAGUUAGGAAAAGAAGUAGCUGAACGAAUAAUGGAAUUAGAGACUUCAAGUUCAGGGAUUUAUGUAUCAGUUUCCAAUAUGCAUGCAGAAUCUGGAAGGUGGGAAUGUGUGGAGAAGGUGAGGCAUUUAAUGGAGGAGAAUGAAGUCAGGAAAGAACGAGCUGCAAGCUGGAUAGAUUGAUGAUUUUGUUCACUUAUUUGUGAAACUGGAUUGCUCAUAUCUCCUUCACAUGAAAGCAUAUAUACUUUCUACAAGCAACUGACUCUUCGAAUGGAGAAAAAUUUUUCGGUUGCAUGGAAAUUGAAUGGUGGUUUAUGCUUUUGUUCUCUUAAGUAUGUAUGUCAUACUUUUAGGGAACCAUACCAUUUAAUUGGUGCGUGAAAUUUUUUCUCCCCAACUUAGCUGGAGAUUAUAUAAGAAUGCUCUGAGAUCAUUCUUUAGGCAAAACCUCCUCCUGUUGCUGGGUUUUUUCAGUUGGGAGGGGGCU